AUGUCUGCAAUAUCUUCUACAACAGCACCACGACCUAAGCCCUGGGAGACUAGCGCGCCCUUAGAUGAGCCGCAGCGUAAUACUCAGUCAUUAGGAGCGAUGAUGACUUCGAAUCAGCAGGACUCGAGUCAAGGUGAAGUAAACAAUAAUAAUAGUUCAAAUGAAUCCGCUCCCGAAGUUUUGCCACGACCUGCGGCACUAAACUCUUCUGGUACAUACGGUGAACCGAAUACAAUACCUGCUAUAUACGGCAAUAGUAACUAUGGCAUGCCUUAUGAUAGCAAUCCGUAUGGUAUAAACUCUAUGUACGGAAAUAGCAUAGGGAGAUACGGAUAUGGAGGGUCGUACUAUGGUAACAAUUACGGAUCCUUUUAUGGGGGAGGAUACGGUACAGGAGCAGGAUAUGGAAUGAAUAACGGUGGUGGGCUAGGCGAAUCCACAAAGGCUACCUUUCAAUUAAUAGAAAGUCUGAUAGGAGCUGUUACAGGAUUUGCACAGAUGCUGGAAUCCACCUACAUGGCAACACACAAUUCAUUCUUUACCAUGGUAUCAGUGGCAGAACAGUUCGGUAAUUUAAAGGAAAUGUUAGGUUCAUUUUUUGGUAUAUUUGCUAUAAUGAAGUUCCUUAAAAAAGUGCUCUAUCGAGCCACUAAGGGUAGACUAGGAAUACCACCUAGAAAUAUUGCAGGAUCCGAAGGAAGUGAGAAUAAACUAAUUGAAGAUUUUUAUAAGUUUAAUGACAGUGCUUCAAUCUCCUCAAAUAGAAAAUCAACGAGGAGGAAAAUAUCAUGGAAGCCACUAAUUUUUUUUCUGAUGGCAGUAUUUGGUUUCCCGUACUUACUAAACAAAUUCAUUGCUAAAAUACAGACCUCUGGUGCUAUACAGGCAUCGCGAGAAAAUGAUGGCGAGUGUAUUGAUCCUUCGAAGUUAGAAUUCGCUAGGGCAUUGUACGAUUUUGUUCCAGAAAAUCCAGAGAUGGAAGUUGCUUUAAAAAAAGGCGACUUGAUGGCCAUUUUAAGUAAGAAAGACCCUGUCGGUAGGGAUUCUGAUUGGUGGAAAGUGAGGACUAAGAAUGGUAAUAUUGGUUACAUUCCAUAUAACUAUAUUGAAAUUAUAAAAAGGCGGAAAAAAAUUGAGCACGUUAAUGAUGAAACACCUACACACUAG